UUAAUUGAUAAAAUGGAUCAUUUUCAUUCAGUGGAUGCAUCGCAUUCAGAGAAGAACUCAGAAUGUACGAAAACUGUUCAUAAACGGCGAUCUUCUGUUUUUCAAAGUCGUACAAUUACAUUUAACGAAUAUGAAGGUACACGGUGUGUAGAAGAUGGAAAAACUGUUGAUGCUGAAGAUGCGAUAAAAUGCGUAUCUAAAAUAUCGCUAGAAAAACCUAUAGAUUUAGAAGAAUAUAUAAUUAAUUUAAGAAAUGAAAGAAAAGAAUGGAUAGAGACAUUAAAGCAAAGGAAAGUACAACGAAGAAAUCUUGCAAAGCAAAAAUUAUAUUCAGAGAAUCGAGGACAACUUUUAGAUUUGAAUGUUUUAGCAGAAUAUGAGAAAGCCUUUGUUACAGCCCGGCCAAAUUAUCAACAUAUUUACAGAAAUUAUAAAAAGCUGUCAGAUAUAGUUGCAAAGACAUCAGUAUUGUAUAAUCUAACUUACAAAUUAAAUCAAAGAUUUGUUCGGCAAAUGGAAAGAAGAUUGUGUAAAGUUAAUGAUAAAGUUAUUGAGAUAUUAGGCUCAUGACAUUAGAAAUACCAUUACAUAUUGUAAAUAAUUUUUAACACAAGAUUAAUUAUUGACAUAAUGCAAAUGUAUAAUUUUUUUACCUCAGUAGAUAUUAAAAUAAAUAUAAUAAUAUAUAAAAUAAAUAAAUAAAUAAAUGUAUAUAUAUAUAUAUUCACAUCCUAAACAAGAAUAAAUAACUGGACAAAUAAGAA